AAUACAGUUGCACUGCAGAAAUGAUUGUAUUUCUAUCACACACUUUUUGGAAAAUACAGUGUUGCAUCCAGCAAGGAUUGAUGUUCUUGUACAGAGAAGGGCAACAGAAGUGGUGAUGGUUCUGGAGCACAAGUCCUGUAAGGAGCAGGUGUGGGAGCUGGGCGUGUUUAUCCUGGAGAAAAGGAGGCUCAGGGGAGACCUUAUCACUCUCUACAACUGCCUGAGAAGAGGCUGUGGCCAGGUGCGGGUCUUGGUGCUGUAUUUCGCCAGGAGCGCGGAGCUGGCGGGGCUGCGCUGCGAGACCCUCUCGGUGCCACGGGAGAUCACCUCUCUGCAGCUCUGGGAAGAGAUCGUGAAGGUCCACCCCAGGCUUGCUAUCAUCCGGGAUCAAGUGGUAUUUGCUGUUCGGCAGGAGUACGUGCUUCUUGGAGAUCAGCUCCUGGUCCUGCAGCCUGGAGACGAGGUUGCCAUCAUCCCACCAAUUAGUGGAGGCUGAAUCUGCCCCAGUUCUGUUAGUUUUUCUAUUGUGAUAUGGAAGAAAGCGAAGAUGUGCCAAAAGAUUUUAUCAAGCUCAAGUCUGAAAAGCUCUCUAUCGAUGAAGUGUCAGAGCUGGUUGUUUCACCAUACUGUGGGGCAGUGUCUCUGUUCAUUGG